AUGGGAACAGCAGUGUUUUUCUCUUGCAAUGUUCAUGUCUAGCUAAAUAAGCUAGUUCCUAAACUAAUGACCUUCCCAUGAGCCUCUGCUGCACUUCCUGUUCAUUGCUAAUUAGCAAGCGGCAUGCUACCAUGCUAAGUGGCGUUUAGCUCAAACCACCCGUGUUUUCAAACACAGCCUUACAAAGGCUGCUAGCAUGGCUCAUUUUUUUAAGUAUUGGUUACAUUUUGUUGUUAUUUCAUUUCAUUUUUAUCACUUACAUUACUUUAAAUACAUUUUGUAUGCAAGUCAUUUAUUGUUUUAAAGAGUAUAAAACUAACCAAACAUGAAAUCAUUUUAAGUUUGAAUCACUUCUGAAUUAAAUCCCUGUAUGUGUGUGUGUGUGUGUCUGUGUGUGAGACACGGGGAAUUCUUCCACACUAUGGUGGCUCAGGACCGCGAUCGGAGCCGAGGAGCUGACGGGCACGGAGGGCAGGGGGUUCGGACCCAGGUGCCAGGUGCAAGCGUCGGGGAGGACCGCGCCAUCCUGCUGGGCUGCACCAUGAUGGCCUUCUCUGUGCUCAUGUUCUUUGUAGUCGGCAUCACAGUGAUCAAACCCUUUGUUAACAGGUACACUCGGGAGUGUUGUCACGUUUCCAGGCUCAGUUACAAGUGCAUCCCCUCACUGAAGGCUUGUUCUCCCCGUGUCUGUGUCGGUGAUUCCAGUGGCUGGGAUGAUGGUAAUGCCAGCUGCGUGCUGCAGAAGAGUGAGAUACUGGAGGAGUGGGUGGACUGCAGAGGUGUGAGCACAGUGCCGUGCCUCAAGGCGACGGUGACGGUUUACUUCAAUGGCUCCACCGAGGAGGCCGUGCUCCACUUAAAUGAGGAUUCUGUUCUCCUCGCGACCGAGUGUUUCUACAUGCCCAAAUGCCAAAUGGACAGAAAAGCACUUCAGGAUCAAGUCCAGAAAGUGAACAGCAGCCUGGACAGUCUGCUCGGGAACAACACCGCAUGUUUAACUGAUCAGACGAGGUACCCCAACCACGCCAUCUUACACAGGAAGUACACUUUGCAGAUGGUCCUAUUUGCACUGCUGUGGCCCUGUAUACUGCUGGGCGGUGGAGCUCUGCUGGUGGGCCUUGUGAAACUGACUCAGUGUCUAGCCCAUCUGUCCACAGAGGUGAUCAGCGAAGCUGCAGGGGGCCGGCUGACUUCAAGAUACACUCAGGGCAAACUGUACAGGCUGCUCCGUAGGUCCAGCGCACAGUCUCCCUCAUGACAUGUCCAGAGCUUAAGCUGUAAUAUGCCAAAAAAUGCCAUUUUUGUAAGCCUUUUAACUGGUACAUAAUGUUAUCUAGUGUUGAUUUGUAAAAGGUUAGUCAAAGUAAAAUGUUGGUCUGAAGUGUGAGAAUUGAAAAUCUAUACAGUUUUCGCCUCCUUCUUAUUAAAAAGUGCCUUCCUCUGUUAUUAAAUAGACACUGAUGUCCAAAUGAUGGCAGAAAGAAGCAAAGUCUGCCUGAACAGCCACACAAUUCAUGAUGUUUCACACUCAGUCAGCACCAAUUAGUACCUCUCAUGUUUAAUUAGGCAUAUAUUCAAUAUUUGUUAAGUGUCGAGCAGGUAGCGCUCCAACUUGCUCGGGCCGGGGAUCACUUACAGGAGAGAAGCAUUCCAAUGCUCUCCUGGUAAUCCAAACACUGAUUUACCCAGCCUGGGCUCUGGGUCGCUGACUGAUGCUUUUUAAUGUUUUCCAGAUAGCAAGCUGGCUAAUAAGUCAGUUUAUGAGGGAUGAUUAUUAGCACCCUGAGAGAAGUGAGGAAAUUCAUGACAGAUUGAUGUGAUGUGUCACAGUUGGAUGAGAGUUUCUAUUGGUCCAAUGAUAAUAUGCGAGGGAGUACUGGACACAAUAUAUUUAGAAUAAUAACAGACUCUGCUUGAAUGUCUUUGCAUGAUUCAUGGUUAAAAAUAAUUUUCAUCUUGGAGUUUUGUGUAAAACUCUCAAUCCACUUCCCAUGUCCUUAUAUUUCACUUCAAAGGAUCCAGACUCUCUUGUUAUUUUUAAAGUGCUUUUGAGCGAUAGAUCUACAGGUUUUUUGAAGGUUUUUCACAGUAUCCUUUUUGGACACUUAUUGUUCUUCAUUCAUUUUCAGUGCAAUCCUUGAAUAACUGAACAUGUCCAGAGGAUUCUUUUCUUUGUUUGGUAUUUGUUUUUAAGCCACUUAACACUGACCUAUGAAUCAUUCAAGCAUAAAAAAGCAACUAACCCAACGGAUGAACCAGUGUUGUGUCUACAUGCAACAGACAACUUGACAAAGACAAUUUUAAAUUGUAUCUUUUGGCACUUUGUUAACUUGUACCCAUUUGCUUAGAUGAAAAAUUCUAUGAAAGAUGUAUAAAAUACCAGAGACAAACAUCAAGUAGUAUUUUUACACCAACAAGGUGAUUCCCAAAGCGCCAGUAGCAGAAAACAUGACCUAACUCAGCAUGGUGUGCAGUGUGCCCUUAAAAAACCAUCUAUAGCAGAUGAACCGUAUCUGAAAGUCAUGUCUGUAAGAGAUAAUAUCCAGAAAAGAUCUGACACAGGACCUGAGAGAUACAUGUGGCACUACUGUUCACUGAAGCCUAAUAAGAAAUGACCUAAGUGGAAGGGUGGGUGUUAAGAUGCCUCUGUUAAUGAAAGGACUGGACUUAAAAUCAGUUGCAAUGGAAAUUUUUUGUUAAAAUCAUUGUCAGUAUGUAUGGAGGAGUUGAGGAGAGAGUGGGUGUCUGCAGCCUUCUGUAAAACACGGUGGAGGCUGUGUCAUGGUUUGGGGCAGCAUUUCAGCCACUGGUGUUGGUGAUAUCAACAAAAUUUGUAGAACAGAUCAGCAUGAUUGAUCCCAAACACACUGCCAAUGCAUAGAAAAAUGCAUAAUGUAACACUACUGCUCCCUAGAUCCCAGACCUCAGCAUUACUGAAGCAGUGUGGGAUCAUCUUAACAGAGGACAAAAAUCAGUCAACAUCCAAAGAUACGCUUUGAAUGUCCUUCAAGAAGCCUGGAGAACUAUUCCUGAAGACUACUUAAAAAAAAUGACUGUUAUGAACGUUAGAUAAUGUAAAUGGGACUCAUUUCACAAGUGUGCCAUAUUGCACAGACCCUUUUAAUAAGUUUAUUUUUUGUAUUUUUCUAUGAAAACCUUUAUAAUACUUCUCUUCAAAGCUUUGGCUCACUGUGUAAAUAUUAUUUUGGGGUUUUAUUUUGUAAGCAUGGCAAUGGAAAAGUGGCUUGUAAAUUACCUAAAUGUUUAAACAAGUAAAAUAAACUGCCAGACCUAUU